CUGAUCCGGGCGGACCUGUGGAGAAUGCAACUGAGCAAAUGGCUGCUUAAAUUCACACUGAAACAGCAGGCAGACAGCCAAACAACGAGGCCAGCUGCUACCGGAUAAGCAAGGUUGUCACGAACAGUCAUGGGAUGUGGCGUCUCAAAGUCCAACCAGUUCCACAAACACUCCAGGAAAGCCGUCACCACUAUAAGAGCUGCUGUCCUGAUUCAGCGAUGGUACCGGCAAUAUGUUGCUCGCACAGAGAUGAGACGGAGAUACACCUGGCACAUCUUCCAGUCCAUCGAAUACUCCGGAGAACAAGCCCAGAUCAAGCUUUAUAACUUCCUCGGCUACCUCAUGGACAAUUUCACACCAUCCAGCACAGAACGAAAUUUGAUCUCGCACAUCUUCAGAGAGAAUGAUGUCUGUUGGGACUCAGAGUGGGAGCGGUACUUCUGCUACAAGAACAUCGACGUGCCGGAGGUUUACUCCGGGCCGCACCUCACCUUCCCGCUGACGGUGGAGCAGGCAGUCGGCCUGCUGGAGGCCUUCAGGAACAAGAAACAGCAGCUGCACUCGCGCUACGUGCUGGAGCUGCUGCUGGAGACGUGGAAGCUGCUCCGCAUGCUGCCAAACAUCAACCGCAUCUCCACCUGCCACAGCAAAGAAGUCACUAUCUGCGGUGAUUUGCAUGGACAGCUGGAGGAUCUGCUGCUGAUCUUUUACAAGAAUGGCACGCCGUCCUUAGAGAAGCCCUACGUGUUUAAUGGAGACUUCGUCGACCGAGGAAAAGACUCCAUUGAGAUUCUCCUCAUCCUGUUUUCGUUCAUGCUUGUUUAUCCGCGUGACGUCUACUUAAACAGAGGCAACCAUGAGGACCACAUCAUCAACCUCAGGUAUGGAUUCACCAAGGAGGUCCUGACUAAAUACAAGAUUCACGGAAAGCGGAUCUUGAAGCUGCUCAAGAAGAUUUUCAGCUGGUUGCCACUAGCAACCAUCAUCGAUCAGAAGGUGCUAGUCCUCCACGGCGGUAUCUCCGACUCUAUGGAUCUCAGCGUUCUGACCAAAGUGAACCGACACAAUUAUGUUUCAGCGCUGCGGCCUCCAAAGAGGAGGAACCACAGCUCGGCGGGCAUGUCCAUCGACAUCGACAUGGACGACGACCUCUGGAGCACCAGUAAGAUCUACCAGCGCCGGCCGUCCCUCACGUAUCCCAAGCCGCUCGGACCGCGGGAGUGCUUCCACAACCGCUCGCUGCAGGACUUCUCGACCCGGAUCAAGGCCAACAUGGAGAACGAGCUGGAGAACAGCAAGAAGAGUGAGGUCAUCCUGGCAGCGGUGCUCCACACGUCACAGCAGGACACUCUGUCUGUGUCCACCGACUCUGUGAGUAGCGACAACGCCAAGGACGAGUGGAGGCAGAUUCUGGACCUGCUGUGGAGCGACCCGAUGAACCAGGACGGCUGCAUACCCAACGAGGUGAGGGGCGGAGGCUGCUACUGGGGUCCGGACGUCACUGAGGACUUCCUGAACAGACACAACAUGCAGCUCAUCAUCCGCUCACACGAGUGUAAGCAGGAGGGCUACGAGUUCUGCCACAACCGGAAGGUCCUCACUCUGUUCUCUGCCUCAAAUUAUUACGACGUGGGAAGCAACCGGGGGGCCUACGUGAAGUUGGGUCCAGACCUCGUGCCUUAUGUGAUUCAGUACCAGGCCAGUAGCAUGACCAGAGAACUCACCGCCAGGCAGAGCGUCGGGCGAACCGAGCGCUCAGCCCUGAAAGUCCUGCGGGAGCAGCUGUUUGCGCACAAGUCAGACCUCCUCUGUGCCUUCAAAAAGUUUGACACAAAGAACGCAGGUUUGGUGUCCCUGGUUGACUGGGCCUCAGCGGUGGAGAGCGUUAUGCACCUGAAUCUGCCGUGGCGGAUGCUGCGCAGCCAGCUGGUCACCUGCAAGACGAGCGACGGCAUGAUCAACUACUACGACUGGUUCAACGAACUCGCCAUCACAGGGCCCAACACAGACCACAUCGACCAGAGCCUGCUGGAAACUUUGUACCGCCAUCGCUCCACUUUGGAGACCAUCUUCAGGAUCGUAGACACAGACAACUCAGGCUUCAUCAGCAUGGAGGACUUCCGGCAGACGUGGAAGCUGCUCAGCGUCUACCUGAAGAUGGAGAUCACGGACGAAGACAUCUGCAACCUGGCCGAGACCAUCGACAGCAACCACGACGGCAGCAUCGACAUCGACGAGUUCAUGGAGGCUUUCCGGCUCACGGACAAGAAGAGCCGCCUGGAGCGUGGACGCAGCAUGUUCAUGGCCACGACGUCCGACCUCUCCAAGCUGGAGGCCGACCCCAACGUAUGACCCAGCAGACUCAAAACAGAUGUGCAGCCGCUCACGACACAAGCUGCUUUGAUGACGCACGCGGCGACGCAGGAUGGCGCAGAGUGGCAGCUGCGUCGGGGAUCAUGGAGGAUUAGGUGGAGCUCUGAGAUCACCGUGUUUGACGGUGAAGGUUCAUCUCAAGAGAUACAAAAACAACACAGGAAACAUUUUUGUAGUAGCUACAAAACUGGAAUAAUGUGACAACUGCACUGUAAUUAAAGAAAUAAGUGUUAGACAACGAGGAUGUGGAUUCUUG